AGAUUGAGAGAAUCUUCAGAGUAACUGAGUGUGCUGAUAACCAGAAGGUCAGGUUCGGUACACAUAUGCUGUCAGAGGAAGCUGAUGAUUGGUGGGUUGCUACCCGCACUGAGUUAGAAACUGCUGGUAAUGCUGAGAUCUCUUGGGCUGUGUUCAGAGAGAGAUUCCUGAGGAAGUAUUUUCCAAAGGAUGUUAGAGGGAAGAAAGAGAUAGAAUUUUUGGAAUUGAAGCAGGGUAACAAGUCUGUUACGGAGUAUGCUGCUAAGUUUACAGAACUGUCGAAGUAUUAUACUCCCUAUAGUGAGGCUGCGGGAGAAUUUUCAAAGUGUGUGAAGUUUGAGAACGGGCUGCGUCCCGAGAUCAAGCAGGCUAUUGGAUAUCAGCGGAUCAGAGUGUUUUCCGACUUGGUUGACUGUUGCAGGAUUUUUGAACAGGAUUCCAAGGCUAGAGCAGAGAGCUAUCAGCAAAGGGUUGAUAGGAAAGGUAAGAACCAGAACGAUCGUGGAAAACCGUAUGCAGCUGGCAAAGGUUUUCAGAGUCAGAGUGGGAUGAAGAGGCCUAGUGGGGGAGACUCUAGUGCUCCUGUUAAGUGUUACAGAUGUGGUCGGGCUGGACAUCGUGUUCACGAGUGUACCAGUGCUGCUAUGAAGUGUUUCAAGUGUGGUAAAGGUGGUCACUUGGCUGCAGAGUGCCGGUUGAAGACUGUCACUUGUUUCAACUGUGGAGAGUUGGGUCAUAUCAGUCCACAGUGUCCUAAGCCGAAGAAAGAGAAUCAGUCAGGAGGCAAGGUCUUUGCUUUAUCGGGUUCUGAGACUUCUGCAGAUGAUCGGUUGAUCCGAGGUAACAAGCAGUGAGUUGAGUAGAAGCUAUUUUUGAAGUCUAAUGUCGUCUUUAGCGGGUCAUGCUCUGAUAGAUGUAACAUCGGGAGGGGAUGUUUUAAUUAAUUUGAUAUUGGUUGUUGAAUGAUUUACAUGUAUCGUGUUACAUGCUUUACAUUGAUGUUGGAUUUUAUUCCGCUGCGAAUUAUGCAAAAGAACCUUAUUUUGAUUUAAUAAAUGAGCAUGACAGGACAUUUUGAUAA